UGCAGACAACAAAUACUGCAGUCGCAGUCUUACCGCGUAGCUCCGCUGACUUUAUAAAUACUUUUCCAACAUGGCGUCCGGAAGGCGACCUGAACACCAAGCUCCGCCAGAAGUGUUCUAUAAUGAUGAUGAAGCUCGCAAAUAUACUUCAAACACAAGAAUGAUUGAGAUUCAAGUUCAGCUCUCUCAGAGGGCCAUAGAGAUGUUAAAUUUGCCAGAGGAUCAACCUUGUUUUCUAUUGGAUAUUGGUUGUGGAUCAGGUUUAAGUGGUGAAGUGUUAACAGAUGAAGGACAUCAUUGGGUGGGUCUUGACAUCAGUCAGGCCAUGCUUGAUGUAGCAGUUGAAAGAGAAGUAGAAGGAGAUUUGUUUCUUCAUGAUGUAGGGCAGGGUCUCUGCUUUAAGCCUGGAACAUUUGAUGGAUGUAUAAGCAUAUCUGCCCUCCAGUGGCUCUGUAAUGCAGACAAGAAAGGACAUAAUCCUUCUAAAAGGCUUUACAAAUUCUUCAGUUCAUUGUACAGUUCUAUGAGUAGAGGAAGCAGAGCAGUGUUUCAGUUUUAUCCAGAAAAUCCUCAGCAGGUUGAAUUAAUCACAACACAGGCCAUGAAAGCUGGAUUCACUGGGGGUCUAGUCAUUGACUACCCAAACAGUACAAGAGCUAAAAAAAUAUUCCUAUGUCUCUUUGCUGGUGUUGUUGUAGACAAACUUCCAAAGGGUCUCGGUACUGAAGAUACAAAAUCUGUGGCGGAUAGUGUACAAUUUAGCGGGAGAAGAGAAAGAUCUAAAGUGCCACGUGGAAAAUCAAUAAAAAAGAGCAAAGACUGGGUCAAAGAAAAGAAGGAUAGGAGGAGACGGCAGGGAAAGGAAGUGAGACCAGACUCGAAAUACACAGGAAGGAAAAGAAAAUCAACCUUUUAAGUGUCUCACAAGCAAGGAUGUCACUGAGCCUGCAAUUAAGCAAUGAGAAAUUUAUUUGCUCACAGCCUGGAACAAGUGUAUUCUUGCCAGUCUUAUCAUUCAGGAAAUAAUAUGAGCAAAUUCUAUUGACGAACAUGAACAUGUUCUUCAUUAAACAAAUCCUUGACAUGACCAAUUGGGAAAGAAAACUUUUGUGAUGUCAAGAUUGGUCACAUCCAUUUAAGACUCCCAGGUGGUGGGGUACAAACAAACUCAACCUGGUGUAAAGGAGGAAAUAAAUUAACUGGGGAAAAAAUUUUACAGAGUUAUGCAACAUAAACCCAU